CAUUACAAUUGGAUUAGCUGACUAAAAAGUGGAGAGAUGUUCGAAUCAACAAAAACCAAUGCGACUGAAUCGGAUUAUAUCAUUAUUGUCAGAGGAUAUUGCCUUCAAUGGACGAGCACAGAUUCUACAGAACCCAAUAGUUCCAAAGCCUUGAAGCCACAACACAGAAAGCAUGGUCACAUGUUGUCUUAAAACGUGUUCUGGGAACAGUUAAAAUAUCUUGCCCUGAAGACCUCGGAGACCAACAAGGAGUAUGCUGUGUAAUAGAUCCUGGACAUAAGAGGGUGCUUGACCAUGCAAGGCUUUGAAAGUAAUGACCAAAAUUUUAAAAUGUAUACUUUAAAACCAAGAGGAAGCCUAAAAAGAGCCUUCAGCACAGGAGUAAUGUGCGAGUGCGACCUCCUGCUGGUCCUAGUCGAAAGUCUAGCAGUUGCAUUCUGUACAAUUUGCAGCCAAAGCUGAAAUGGGAAGUUUAUCAUUUUAUAAAACGCCGUGAGGGAACAUUCUGUGUUUGAUGGGUAGUGAGUUUUUGAGGGUUCACCUAUAGAAAUAUAUACUGCAUCCUCAGGACUGUUGUUCAGUGAAAUUUUUAUAUUUUGUCAUCUGCAUAAAUUUUUGUCCAGAUGAACACCGUGUAAUUGGAUUAUGAAUUAUGGUCAAAACAAAUGUUCUGUAGAAAUUAACUGUUUGUACCUGUACCAGCUGUUAUGGCAGCCUCUAACUGCCCAAAUUAUGCCGGUCUUUCUUGAUUUCAUAAUAAACAUUAACGCACAUGCAUGUCUCUUGCAAUACAAUUAGCUUUAGUGGCUCGCCGGAAGUCUUACACAAAAGAGAUUAAAGAUGGCGGUGCCCACAUUUAUGUAAAAAAUAAGGUGGAUAGCUCAACCUCUUCUUCAAAUUACAUUUAUCAAAGAGUGACAGGUAAUGGUAAAAUCAAACAGCUGCCAGACUUCGACAUUAUAGAAACAGUGGCGCCACACCAUGGGUGAACCUGGUAUCUAAACCUGAAAAAGACAUUAGUUCAGGGGUUUUCAAACUAGGGUCCGUAUGAGAAUCCAGGAGGUUCUCACAUUUAUCUUACAUAAUGUAAUGGGUGAUUUUUAAACUUUUCUAUUUCUCGCAUCUGAUUUAAUAGAUGCUCAUGUUAACUGCCGUAACUUCCUUACACAAUUUAAUAAGCUCAGAACACAAAAAAUUAAGCCGAAGCUACUAAAACUCACACUGAUAUAUUUCUUUCACACUUCCCUUUUUUGUCAUCACAAAAGACAUCUGAAAACAUCAUAACACGUUCUUCCAAAUGGAUUUUUCACAUAUUUAACCAGACUUUAGAAACAAUGCAGUGACUUCUUGGUUGCAGCAAGCAGGUUGUCACCUGCUGUAUUUACAUAUUACUCUAUACUGUCCUAUUUUCUACUCCUACUCACUCCUCGACAAACAACUCCUCCAGCACAUUAGUCAUUUUUAACAGUUGAUAAGAAACUGCAAUACCAUGCAGAAGAGCCUGUUAACACAUUGUAUGAUACUUGUCAAAAUCAUUGACUAAAUUAUUACCAUAGCAAUUGGUAACACUGAAUGAUCAUCUUCAUCCCAAAGUUUUUUACUUUACCUAUGAUUCAUUUCCUUCUAAAACUGUUUCCAGAGAGUUCUGAAAUCAUUCACCACCCCAAAAGCAUAUCUUGAUAUUAUCUAGAACGUUACUGCAAUUUGUUGGAAUAUUUCCAAGGGACCCUGUCAAACAUGUUUCGCUUACAGGUUGAAUAAUCUGUUUAGAGAGAAACAAAGACAUGAUGACGUAGAUUUCAAUGUCACUGAUAACCACUGAAAAAUGAAUGUCAUUGAAGUAAACUUGGCUUCAGUUAACAAAAUGAAUCUUGAAACAUGCAGAUUAUACAGUAAGUUAUUCAAAAUACUUAAAUUACGUUAAUAACAUUUUAGUAAUGAAAUUAAUAGAACAGUCUAUUAGUCUAAGUCAUUUUGCGGUCUUUUAGAUCACUAUGAAACAAGUUGUGUAACUGCUAACCAGAUGCAAAUGAUAACGUAAAAAGGCCAUUUCCUUAAAUUCUGGUUUUAUUCCUUAAACAACUCGCUUUGGCGUCCUAUGUUUAAUCAUAAAGUUAAUUUUACCAUUUAUUGCAUAAAAUUACGAUUUUGAACUCAUAAUCAAAAUGCUAUUGUUAACGUGAUUGUAAUUCUUUUGAAAUGUCGUUAAAAAUCUAUUUAUUGGAAACUAUGUCAAUGACAUUUUUUCAUUUCACAGUUCAUAGGGAGAGACCAUGUUUAAAAAUGUUGUUUUCUGGCCUGUGCCUUGGAAUUACAGGAUUUCUGGUUUUAUGGACUUACGUGGGAAGUAAAGAAGAUAAACAUCCUUCAACCAGCUUUUUGUUUCAGCACUUUGCAAAACUUUACAAUUCCAGAAACUCCUCCACCUCUCCUGCAGAUGUUCUGCUAGAAAUCAGUUCAGAAGACUCAGAGUCAAGUUCAAGUUCAUUUUACUCAGAAUUUGGAAUCAGUUCAGAAAGUUACUCCAGUUUACAGCAGACUCUUUACUGGGCUGGACCAGACAGAUCAAUUACAAAUGUGUCUAUGAGUACAAGUCCAGAUCACUCCACUUUCAUCAUUCAGAACCUGAAAGACAGCUACCAAAUAGGGGAGGAGCUUUUUGUUACUAUCCAUGCCAGAGACUUUAACAAUAAAUCUAAACGUUAUGGAGGGGAUUUCUUUCAAGCAAAGCUUUUCUCAUCCAAAAGUCCCAAAAAGGCCAGUGUGUUCGGGGAGGUGGUGGAUUUGCUCAACGGUUCCUACUCUGUGCGUUUUCUUCUGCCAUGGGUUGGAGAGGCACAGGUGGCUGUGCGUCUGAUCCACUCCAGUGAAGCUGUGCAGGUCCUCAAGCAUCACAGAGCCACAGAUUCUGACAGAGUGUCUUUCCUUGGAUAUUUUGAAGGCCCAGGACCAAAUGGGACCCACCUGAAAGAAACCGUGUUGUGCAAUGUGAAGUCAGACAAGAAUGGACUGGAGAGGAUCAAAAAUGGAGAUUGUUGCUGUGAAUACAAAGAUUCUCGCAAUGGAGAAGAAUGGCGCUGUCAGAGACCCAAAUCACUGCCAUGCAGCGCUCGUGUGUAUCACUCUUUUGGAGAGUAUAUCAACCACGUGACUGCCAAAGAAGCAAUGUUUUUGAAUCCAAGCAACAAGGGUAUCAAUGGACUAAAAAACACAAGAAUCAAGAUUUUUCCCCUUAACGGAACUUCAAAAAUUGAUGUAACACAGAAAUGUCGCCCCGGUUUGCAUACACCAAUUCCUGCUGGGUAUUACCUGAAUGAUGUGUGGACAUCUUUGGUGUGUAGCACCCGUCAUUUUACUACCCAAACAACAACACAGUGCCUGAAAGACAAACACAUCUUUAUGAUGGGAGACUCGACCUUGAGACAGUGGUUUGAGUUACUGGUGAAAGUUGUACCAACUUUGAAGCAGAUGAACCUGCAUGUUAUACAUCAGACAGGUCCACUUAUAGCAGUGGAUGUGGAGAACAACAUUGACUUACACUGGAGGGCUCACGGUGUUCCUCUACGAAGUCGUAAAACUGAAGUUACUAAUCUGCACUACGUCAGUAAUGAGAUUGAUGAUCUGACUGGAGGACCUCACACUGUGUUUGUUUUUCACCUGGGGAUCCACUUUACGACAUUUCCUCUAGAUUACUUCACCAAAAGAGUGCUGAGGAUCCGCAAAGCGGUAUUAGAUUUGUUACAGCGCGCACCAGACACUACUGUUAUAAUCAAGACUGCCAACACUGGCUUUAAGGAUGUGUUUGGCAGUGACUGGUAUUCUCUGCAGUUGGACACAAUUUUACGGUGGGCUUUUCAGGAUGUUGGUGUUUAUAUUAUCGAUGUGUGGCAAAUGACAGCCUGUCAUUACAACAAAGAGAACAUUCAUCCAGGUGGUGUUAUCCUUAAAAAUGAGAUAGACAUUUUACUUUCUUUUAUUUGUCCUGCAUGAAUGACAGAGUCAAUGGAUAACCUGUUUUUUUACUUCAUUGUACUUUAUUCUUUUUCAUUACUAAAAAACAAUGGUAUUUUGUGCAUUUGGUAUAAUACAAUGGAUUUGCGUUGUUUAUGGUUAAAAAAAACGGUAACACUUUAUAUUACGACCGUGUAAUCAAACAGAAUUUACAGCGUACCUACAGUUGUAACAACAGAGUACCUUUAAAGUUUCAUACUUGUAGGUAAAAGGGAAAAUUAUGUUAAGUUUUCAAUAAUAAGGGGGUAAGAAUAUGGAAAAUUAUAAGUUAUUUAUACUCUAUGUAAUUUAUAAGUAGAGGGUAUCUAUUGUAAUAUAACUGGGUAUGUAUGCUUUAGGUCUAUAUAUAUAUAUAUAUAUAUCAUUUUAUAAAAAAAUAAAAUAUUAAAAAGUGCAGCUGAUUUAAUUGGUUAUUUAUCUGUGUUUUAAGGCAAGUACAAUAAAAUCUAGCAACUUGUACCUCUUUGAUUUGUAGGUAUAUGUCGAAAGGAGUUACCAGGUAACUCUUACAUUUGGGGGCUGUAACUUAAAGGAGCAUUUCACCCGUAUAAACAUUAAUCUUUAUUGAAUGUGUGUCAUAUUUGUAGUCUAAAUGUAACAUACAUUUAGAAUUUGGUGCCUAUUUGACCGAGAAAAGGGGUGUUUGUACCCCCCUCAACAAAGAUAUUGGACUUCCUGAUUUCAAUUAUGCAAAAUGAUGAUUUUUUACAUCAUUGAAAGAAGGAAGUGCAACACUGAAAUCUGUAUUUCUCCUGUCUCAGCGGCAACUGAGGAAAUGAUGCAUGACCAUUCAAAAACAUGACUGGGGUUCUAACUAUACAAAUCUUAAUGCAAAUGGGUGAACUGUCUCUUUAGAAUGGCGCUUGUUACCACCUUAUUCUGUGUAUUGCAGGUCUUACGUUUGCAGGCUGUACAUUAAAGUUGUUACCAGGUAAUUCUUACCUUUGCGGGCUGUAAAUGAAAGUGAUGUUGUAAAUUUUGUUAUAGGGUAAAUAAAUACCAUAAACAUACACAAUAUUGUGAUCUUAAUUUAAAAACAACUUUAUUGUUAUUUACAGGAGUCCAUUAUUUGCUCUGAAUUUAAAUUUUACAAGCAUGCACAAUGAAACACACCUCUGCAAGCGCAACUGCGUCAUUAACAUUAUGGAAAUUAGCCCAUUCUGUUCUUUUUUUGUAAUGCUUUAUGUCUUUAUUUAUACUAAUGUUUUGUAUUUAUUGUCAUUUUACGGUCUAUUUUUGUUGAGAUUAUUAUUAAAUCUCUGUGGCGGUUUUUCACCUACUGUUUUUCUGAUCUCUAUUUUAAUCAAUAUGGUCCAAUGAAACAAUUAUUUUUAUGCCUGAGGGCCCUUGUCUUGGCAUGGGGCCCCAGGCAAUUGCCUUUAUUGCCUGUUGGAUGUGCUGGCCCUGAUCACAGAUGAGAAAAUGUCUUAACCACAAAAGUCUUCACUGCUGUGGUUAAAAGCAUAGGUCAAUGUUAGUAUGACAGUAUGAUUUACAUAGAUAUAUAGAUAUCAUAUAAAUAUAGACAAAUUCCAAUUUAUGUCUCUUAAUUUUUCAGGAAAAUUAAAAAGUGCACAUGUAGGUCCAUUUUCUACUAUGCCAACCCA